GACGUCGUUACCUUUCAUCUUGUCUUAUCUUUAAAUCCUAUAAACCCUCCACCUCCAAGAAAGGAUUAGAAGAAAAGAAAAAUGGCGACGACGGCGACCAUGUCUAUCACCAAGCUAGAUGACGAAAUGGUGCGCAGCAUGUCGAUUGGCGCAGUGUUCUCAGACUUCGGAGGAAAGAUAAACUCACUUGACUUUCACCGAAAGGACGAUCUAUUGGUGACAGCCAGUGAGGACGAUUCAGUUCGCCUCUAUGACAUUGCCAAUGCUAAGUUGUUAAAGACAACUUAUCAUAAGAAACAUGGGGCAGAUCGAAUAUGUUUCACACAUCAUCCUAAUUCUGUUAUAUGCUCUUCGAGACACAAUUUGGAGUCGACUGGAGAAGCUCUACGGUAUCUUUCGAUGUAUGAUAACCGAUGCCUUCGCUACUUCAAGGGACAUAAAGAGAGAGUUGUUUCCCUCUGCAUGUCUCCUGUAAAUGAUAGCUUCAUGUCAGGUUCUCUUGACCACACUGUGAGGAUUUGGGAUCUUCGUGUAAAUGCCUGUCAGGGAAUAUUACACCUGCGUGGUAGACCUACUGUAGCCUAUGACCAACAAGGCCUUGUGUUUGCUGUGGCUAUGGAAGGGGGUGCUAUUAAAUUGUUUGAUUCACGCUCCUAUGACAAGGGGCCCUUUGACACAUUUUUAGUUGGUGGAGACACAGCUGAGGUUUGCGAUAUCAAAUUCAGCAAUGAUGGCAAAUCAAUGCUACUGACAACCACAAAUAACAACAUAUACGUUCUUGAUGCAUAUGGAGGAGAGAAGCGAUGUGGGUUCAGUUUAGAACCAUCUCCAAAUACAACUAUAGAGGCAACUUUUACUCCAGAUGGUCAGUAUGUGAUCUCAGGGUCAGGAGAUGGAACUUUGCAUGCCUGGAACAUCAACACACGAAAUGAGGUAGCCGCUUGGAACAGCCACAUAAGUGUUGCGGCUUGCUUGAAGUGGGCUCCUCGUAGGGCCAUGUUCGUUGCUGCAUCCAGUGUUCUUACCUUUUGGAUACCUAACAACAAUUCAAAGCCAGCUGCUGAGCUAGCAGCUGGUUCCACCGAUGCACAAGCUGUGGCUCAAUCUGAGCAAAUUGGUUAAUCAACCUGGGGCUUAAUCCCAGCAAAUUAGUCAAAGAACCUAGCUGGAAACCAACUCCAUUUUGCCAUUGUACUGCCGGCUGGAAGAAUUUUGUUAAUGUGUUUAGACUGGUUUCACUUUGUAAAUUUAGCAAUUAAUCAUAUUUUUGGAAAAUUUGUGUUCUGAAUUCAAACGUUGCUUGUUUAAGUAGCUUCUGUAAACUGCAAAUGUUUCUGCGUUUUAUAGCCUUGAGGAAAAUGACAAGGGCAUGCAACUGAAAAUUUGUCCUGAG